AUCCUCAAAGACCAUCAAUUCCCGUCGAACUUCAAGUUUGGGCUGGCUGGGUCGAUGGUAUUCUGUCCCUUGCGUCGAACGCAUCCACGUUGUUGACAUCUCGAUCUGCGGUUCGGUUAUACUUGGAACAUUGCUAAUUUGUAAAGUUCUCUCAACAUUUCGAGUAUUUCUUGUUAUUUUCAUAUUACUGCUCAUCAUGUCUUAUGCUGUGUCGCCACAUUUGACUUGGCUCAUCGUCAAGAACAACAAUGCUUUCUUGAAAAAGAAGAGGAACAUCAAGAAACAUUUCAGCACUGAGCCUGGAAACAUACCAUGCCUUUCCUCUUUCAAAUACAGUGGCAUUGUCCAGCCUAAGUCUGUUCACAUUACCAUUCCGCAGGAUAAUCGCGGUUUUGUGGUUAGGACAAAGAAACCAGGCAGUUUUUACAAACCUGGUAAAUCAUGUGUCCGUGAAGUUAUCUCUGGUCAUGCUAGAUCUUCUCUGAAGAAGUUGAGGAAUAAAUUGCAGAAGAACAGAUAUCGCCAAGAAUUGACCAGGAUGGCAUUGUGCAAAGCUAGUGCAUUCCUUGAAUCACAGAAAGGAUUGAAGGCAUCCAAGGGCAAGAAAAAGAAGGGGAAAGGAAAGGACAAAGAAAAGAAACAACCACGAGUAAAGAAAACUAAACCAGCAACAUCCUAGAGGAAUUGUGACAGUUUUUUUAUGAUUUUGAUUUGUAAAAAAAUAAAAGUUGGAAAAAACCAGU